AUGCAAAUGCAAAUUCAGCGUCACCAACGUCCCCAACAUCGCAUGCUGCUGCACAGUGUUUCUCAGCGCAAACGCAAAGUAAAAAGCAACGCCUUCACAUUGGAUUACGCGCAGUUUUACUUUAGACCGGAGCCAAUUAGUGGCCAACAGCAACAGCAGCAGCAGCUACAACAGCAGCAACAACUGCAACAGCAACGGCAGCAUUUGCAACUGCAACGGCAGCAACAACAGCAUCAGCAGCAAGUGUUGCUCGCACAGCAGCAGCAGCAACUGCAGAUACAGCAACUGCAACAGCAACUGUUGCUGCAAAGACUUGAGCGCGAGCUGCAGCAGCAACAACAGCAGCAGCAGCUAGCGCAGCAACAGCAGCAGCAGUUCCUAUACCAUCAGCGCCAAUACUACGAGCGCCUGCAUUACGGCAGCGGCAGGCAUCGCUGGCUGACGAGCAGCACCACCAAUCAGUACGCGGCACCACAGCAGCAACAGCAGUAUAGUUACUACUUUAGUCGCGGCAGCAGCAGCAGCGGGCUGGGUUUGGGACUGGGUCUGGGCCUGGGUUUCGGUCUGGGCAGCAGCAACCUAGCCAGCUGGUACAGUUUACCCACAACAUCGGCCCACAUAUAUAUAGGAGGCGGCGGCAGCGGAAGCAGCAGCAGCAAUCACAACGGCUCGCACGAACCACUCGGCUACGGCGGCAGCAGUAGUGGGGGCGGCUAUCCAGCGGCUCUAAUCAACUUUGGGCCAUCGCCAACGCCACUGAUUGGGGCUGCAUCGGCAGCCAGUUUUUUGCCAGCACCUUUACCAGCACCUUUGCCACCACCACCGCCGGCGCCAACCGUUGCCGCGGAGCUACAAACUGGCGACCUUGGCGGCUAUCGCUACAAGGCCACAAGCAGGUGCCAAAACAACAGCAGCAACAGCACCAACAAUCGUAGGUACGACGCCUACGAUAAUUACGGCUAUUUGCCGGGUAUUUCCAGCAACACCGAGGACGAGGAGGAUCAGGAUUUACUUGAAGAGUGCUUGCCGACGGCACUCCUCUCGCUCACUGAUUGCGAGAGUCUCGAGGACGUGCGUUUUUUGCACGACACCAACAACAAUCACCACAGCAGCAGCAACGUCAACUAUAACGAUCAAAACUUCACGGACGACGACGUUGAGGCGGAACUUGCGCACAUUAUUGAUUUUCCCGAUUAUCUGCGCCCUUACAGCAGCAGCAGCGGCGGCGGCGGCAGCAGAAACAGCCACAAGACGCCGCCACAAAACGACUACCAAACGGAGCACGGAGGUGGCAGCAGCGGCGGCGGCAGCGGCGGCAGGGGAGGUGCUGGCGACUCUGCUGGUGAGGGGGCGACGCAACAACAACAACAUCAAACAACCCAGGAGCAUCGCUACCAACAUCACUACCAACAACACCAGCAACAACACCAACAACUGCCCCAUCAGUCGCAACAACAGCAGGCCUACCAAUCCUAUCACUAUCCGUCGCACGAUAGCUGCGAAGGAUUCCACCAUCUGCCAAACGAAGCCACCAGCUGCCUGGGUAAUCAUAGAAUGAUGGUUAGCAAAUUGUGGAAUAGCUGCUUUCCGGAAUUCAUGCCGGACCACGUCCAUCGACACAACUUCUAUCUGUGUCAGUGGCAGCGCAAUACACAAGUGCGCAUUGUCUAUCUUUUCUAUCGCUGGAUAACGGCUAUUACCUGCCUGGCCGCCCUCGUGUGCUCCCUACUAGACAUAGGCCGCACCGAGGAGCACUUCGAGCAUCACUAUGCAAAAUGGUGGAUCUAUCUGACGCACUGGGGCCUUCUCUUCUGCACGGUGCAGGCCUGGCUAGCCGCCUGGAUUGUCACCCAAGGCAUGAUGGUGGAGCGCGAGGACUUCGAGAUUGUGAGGCAAGCGAAGAAGAGCCGUCUUCAUCAUCUCUACUGGGUGCUCUACACCUGCGCCACGGUCUAUGCCUUUAUAGUCACCAUGUGCUAUUGGCUGCUGGUCCACAAUCCAGAAAUACACAAAAUUGAUACGCUAAACAUCAUGGUGCAUGUGCUGAACUCGAUUAUAAUGCUUAUCGAUUUGGCCGUUGUCGGACAUCCGAUUAAGAUGAGCCACGCCUAUUUUACCACUGGCAUUGGUCUGGCCUAUGCCAUAUUUACGGGCAUUUAUUUCUUGGCUGGCGGCACAGACAGAAAAAACCAAACUGCCAUCUAUCCGAUGAUGGACUGGACCAAGCCAGGGAAGGCGAUCAUUGUGACGGCGUGCGCCAUUAUUUUCACGUUCUUUGUGCACUUCUGCUGCUAUUUGCUGUACCGGGGCCGGGUCUGGCUCUUCACCAAGUUGUGCAUACGCGGUCGCCACAAUCGGGAUGGCGAGAUGGGUGAGGGGCUCAACGAUGACUCCGGCUCGCGCAUGGGUGGCGGUGGCAUUGGCGGCUUAUCUGCCGGCGGCGGCAGCCAGGAAUACUCACAUCAGCAGCAGUAUCCCAUCACCCACACGGAGCAGCCGCGUGCCCAGCUACAUCAGCACCAACACCAGCACCAACAACAGCAACAGCAGCAGCAGCAGCAACAACAACAGCAUGGUGGGCCCACACCGCCGGGUUACUCCACAUCCUAUCAGCUGCCGCCGCAGUAUUCGGGCUAUUUGCAGCAGCCGGUGGUGGCGGGCGUGAAUGUGGGCGUGAUUAGUGCUGAGGGCGUGUAUCAGCCCAUUGGCCCGGAGGCUAGCAGUGGACGCACAGGCGGUGGCGGCUCCGAUUCUAACUUGCAGAAGAGCACAAAGGGCUCUGCACUGAGCCGCACUGUGGCCCAUCUGGAUGCGGCACAGCGGGAGCAGUUCCUCAAUCCCAAUAAAAUCGUCGAGUAUAAGAUGUAAAGGCGUUGCACCCGGCACCGGUAUACGUUCCACUUGUCCAUGAAGUUUCUGGAGAAGCACUGUGCUCAGUGCGAGGCCGCUCGUCGCGCCAGCAGCGGCGGCAGACGCGAGGAGGAGGAGGAGCAACGCGGCAUGCUGAGCACUCCGCACAGUGGUUAGUUUUAGAUAUUUGCACGGGGGCUAGCAUUAGACCCGAAUUGCUUCAGCGAUCAGCACUAUGGUCAGUAUUAUGGCUCCACUGUAAAAAUAGUUUCGUAAUUUUGUAAAAGCUUUGCAAUCUUUUGUAUGUAUGUUUAGGUACGUAGGCUGCCUUUCAGAUUUUCAGAAUAGACAGUUCUCGGGCCUUUAGAUCCUUGGUAUAUACGGAACGCCAAAUGAAUUUAACAGACAGAGGGAUGCCUUUGUGGCAUAUUUUAAGACAUUUCCUAUUUCUCUGUUUGCGUUCCUUUUUUUUCGAAAAAGGAAAGGCAGCCCUCGUAUAUGUUUGUCUUUAGCCGCUUUAAUAGAAACUAUAGCGCUAUAGUUAGAAAUCUGCCGUGUUCCAACAACACUAUGAAACACUUACAGGAGGAUAAUAACUUUUAGGCACUUAUUGCUGAUCCAGCAAUAAGAACUUUAAAUGUUUUCACGCAAUGGAUACAAGUGGUCAUUAGUAUUUAAAACAUAAAUACAAAUAUGAA